AGGGAAGAAGGAAGGAGUGGAGAAAAUAAGGAAAGAAGGAAGGAAAAGCAAAGAAGUACGAGGAGAUGGCCAAAGGAAAAGCAAAGAUCAGCAGCAGUGAGGACUUGCCUCCAUCCCGGACUCGGUCGCUCAGAUCGAGGAAGAGGGAGUGUUCACCUGAUCAAGCUUCCCUGAUUGAUGAUCCCCAAGCUGCUGCCCAUCCAAAAGACGCAGAAGGAGAUGACACCAAAACGCUGCAGCCUCCUCUGCAGGACUGUAGUGUGAUCAUAAGUCAGCAGGAUCUGGCAGAAGAGCAUUUCUGUCUCACUAAACAAAAUGGCUCCAUCGCAGAAGAACGUGCAGAAGUACCAGAUGCUGACGCUACAAGAGUGGUUGUUACGGGACAAGAAGAUGCUGUCAAAAAUGGAAGCGGUGACACCCAGUUUGAGAACUGUGGAUUACAUACUGAUGAUGAUGAUGAUAUCAGCAAAAUCAGUAACAAGGAGAAAUCAGAGCCAGAGCAAUAUCACGAAUCACCAAAUCAAACAUGCAAUGAUCAGUUUGAGGUCCUCUUGCCAGUCUCUGAAGAGGGUAAAGAAUGCUUUACAACUGCUAUGGAGGAGCAAGUAGGUCCUAUGGACAACUCUGAUUUAGAGAAAAUUCAAGACACCACCAGCGACAUGUGCCUGGGUGAUCUCAAAGAGUUGGCAGUGGGUUUACCGGCCAAGAAGAAGCGAAGGAUGGGUUCAAGCGGGCUGUCAGAGAGGGAACGUAGUUGCUUUUUACAGAAGCAAAAUCGUGAAAAUGGGCAUAACGGAGUGGAGGGAAUUGAGAGACAGCUCUAUACUGAAGCCCCACACACUGUGAUCCUGGAAGAAGACAGGUGUUCACCCGGGUUACCACCUUCACCUCUGACAACCUCUGCAGACAACAUCCCCAAGCAGAGUGAUGCAGAGAUGUCCAGUCUCUGUGGAGAAGAUGACAGAGCAGAAACUGAAGUCCAAAUCACUGUCACUACCUCAGAUGAGACCACGACUAUGUGUGACCCAGGUCCCUCACAGGGAAAGAGUUCAGAGGUCGAAGGAGGCGCAGCGUCUGAUCCAGAGCUUCCUGGUAACCCAGACUCAUGUCAAAUUUCAAAGGGAGAAGAAGGGGACCAUCUGGAGAAUCAGGAGGUGCAGGGACUUAAAGAACCCACUGCUGAAAAUAGGGGGGAUAUGCCCGAAGAAGAAAUGAAAAAUGGGGAAGACAUGGCAGAAGAAGUCCAAUUAAGUUCUGCCAUCACUUCUGAAACCAGCCAAAAUGAAGAGCAUGACAAUCAGGAUGCAGUUGAGGCUGCUUGUCCAGAGAAGGGAAGCCCAACCAGGACAAAUGGUGUAAUGUGUGAUGACAAAGGCGCUUCCUCUGCAAACAGCCAGUCUGGAGGAUUAAACUGUGGUUCUGUGGAGUUCUGUGCAGCUGCAGUGACACCCAGUGUCCUUGAGACAAAAUUCAGCUGUGAUCCUGAUGAUGAGCCUGCUGCUGGUCCGUCUACUCUGAAUGAUGAACAUACUCAGGCCAAGGACCCCAGUAAUACGCUUGCAUCUGGAUACUUGGAUUACGUUUCGGACUCGCAGCUGAACACUAUCGUUCUCACAGAAGAAGUGGUGAUGAAGAAAGAGGAAGAAGCUGAUCCCUUAGGCCAACUUGAAGAUGCCUCAGGCCUGGUCUGUGGGCUGAUCAGAGAACUCUCCUCUCUAAAUCGAAAAGUCAUGGCGGCUCAUCGAGAGUUGGAGAACCUGCGCCGCAGCAGUCAAACUUCCAAGGAUCUCUGCAUGUUGAGUUAAAAAUCUGCAGCAUGAAUAACUUUGUUACCCUAAAGGUUUAUGGGUGUUAAUACAG